GAGAAGGAGGAAGAAGAGCGGGCAUCCCUUGCCGCCUCUUGCUCCCCGCCUGCCGGCUGCUAGAAACCGCCUGGCUCUCUCUUUCCUCCACCCGCCCCGCCUUUUGCAGGGUCUGAGCCCCCCACCCCCGCGCCCACGCCUGCCCGCCGUCACGCGUGGGAGGGCGCGGCGGGGCUGCCGGCGCGGGGGACGCUGCCGCCUUAGCGGAGCGGUCGGCGGAGCGCGGCUCAGAGCUGCUCGGCGGAGGGAGGAGGCAGGACUGCUCCUGCCCGCUGGCCCGGACCCUGCCCCUGCCCUUGCAUCAGCCCCGGCCCCGGCCCCAGGCCACCCUCCGGCUGCGGCUCCGCCGAGGGGAAGCCGAGAGGUGCCGGGCGUCGGGGGCCUCCGCGCCUCACUGUCCGGGAAACUUCAGGCACUUCCCGGCGAGCAUCAUCCCCCUGCCCCGAGGGGCCGCUUCGGUGAACGAAAGUGGUCCCUUGCACACCAGCAGGAUGGCGCGGACCAUGAGACCCGACGACAUCAACCCCCGGACGGGGCUGGUGGUGGCUCUGGUCAGCGUCUUCCUGGUGUUCGGCUUCAUGUUCACUGUGUCCGGCAUCAAGGGAGAGACCCUAGGAGACAUCCCGCUGCUGGCCAUCGGGCCGGCCAUCUGCCUGCCGGGCAUCGCCGCCAUCGCCCUCACCAGAAAGACCGACGGCUGCACCAAAUGGCCCAAGAACAAGUGUCCGUGCUGCAAGCAAGUCAAGGACCGGGACGUCAUGGAGCUGCUGAGGACUCCCUCAGACCUGGAGUCUGGCAAAGGGAGUUGUGACGAGCUGGCCAAGAAAGCAUACCAGAAAGACAGGAAGGUGCUGCGGGGUGAGGACUCUGUGUCCAUCUGCACCACCACCACCACCACCACCAUGGGAGAGUGCAAGAGCCUCAUCAGAAAGGUGGAGCAGGAGGAGAUGCUGAGAUACCUGGAGACCUGUUACCCAGAGAUGCCAGGGAAUGUGUUCGUGGGAGAUGGCUCCACAUACAGUGCCUUGGAGAAGAAGAGCUCUUCUCCCACCAGGGACAGCGCUGCUUGCCCUGAUGUUGAAGACAACAUUUUUGUUGCUCCUAAAGACAGUAUCAUUGUCUGCUCGUACAAGGAGAACAGCCCUUAUGACAGAUACUGUUGUUACAUAAACCCUGCUGGAGUCAACUCAGACCAGGAGACCAUAGUGUGAAAGAUGCAUACUUUAUAUAUAUGUAUGUAAACAAAAACUACAACUUCCAUUUCUUGAUAGGGGAUAAUAUAGCUGACUGCACUGCAUGGGACAAUCCUGAUACUAUUACAAUUUAACCUGGUAUGUGACUGAUACUUAAACCUUUUGUGCCUGAAAUACUCUUUCUGUAAGUAAACAAGCAUGUUUAAAGGUUAAAUAAUUCAAUUCUUCAUUUUGGAAAAAAGAAGUUACAUUUUCAUUUCAUUUUUCCCUUUUCCCUCCCUUUUGUUUUCCUGCUGCCUAUUGUAACCAAGCCUGUAAGCACACUGGCAGGAGGGCAGCAGUGGCUGUCAGCCAAGAUCAAGAGCUGGAUCAAAACUCCAGAGCUGUCUGUAUGAAAAAACGUGGUGCUCUGUGGCUGAAUGGGUCUUAGAACUAGUGUCACCUCAUUUUGGAAGGGAUUGAGACAUGUCAGCAUGCACUCCAGUAGCUGGCUGAUAUUAGGGAGUGUAGAAGUGAUUUGUCUCUCUUCCUUCUUCUUCCUAGCAGGAUUUUAUUUUCCUCUGCUUCAAGGAUUGAUGUGCUGACCCUGUGGG